GGACAGCGUGCCCGCGUCUCCUUCGCUCUCACAGUCGACCUCCUUCCCCACCUCGGAGCCUACGACCCCCACGAACAGAUAUUUUAACAUGCCUGAUACGCAAUAUACUUCUCACCCGACUCAGCUGCCUCUGGUUCCUUCGCAAGAAUCAUUGUUUGCUUAUGCCAUUCCAAUGGUUCAAAUAACAACAUCAACAUUACCAGCAUCAUUUAGAAAGUCUAAAACUCGGAACCCAGCAUCUUCUAAGGAAGAAAACAAAAAGAAACCAGUGUUGGGAAAGUUUGGAAACUUUUUUAUUACCGGGAGAAGAAGAAAUCCUAAAAACUCAUUAGAGACUUCUCAAAGGCCAACUGUUAGAAAUGUAAGAUCUGAAUCUCCUCCCAAAAACUUAGCUCCAUUGGCAUCAAUUGAUAUUGAGGACAUUAAAGAUCUAUCCAAAAGCGAGGAGUCUCUAACUGACCAGGCCUAUGAUCAAAACCAGUCAAGUUUAUGGAGUACUAUUGAAGACACAGAAGAAUAUCUGUACAACAAGGAUCUGACACCUCUGUAUAAUGACAUUGUUUCAGAAUGGAACACUAAAGGAAUUUCUUCUGACAGUGAAUGGUCAACUGACUGGCACAGUAGUAAUGAAACAAUAAAAAAUACAGUAUUUGAUAGUAGUCUUACACUCCAGACAUUGGAAGCAGAGUGUGAUUGUGUCACUGAUACAACAAAUAGCACCACUCCAGAUUUCUUUAAAAGUGUAACUAAUAUAUCCAGUGAAGACCUCGAACAUAGCACAUUAAACCACAAACAGUUAGUGGAUGUGCAAAACUCUGAACAAUUGGAAUAUGCAGCAUCACAAGAUGCACCAGUUCUUUUGGAAUCUAAGCAGAGUAAGCAUGUCCAUCCCUCUAGAGUAUUGACCUUGGAUAUCUUUCUUCGUAAAACUGAACAACCAAAUUUGUAUGAACCAGAGACUGUUGUAAUAGACAACGACUGUAAUAGAAUAGACAUAAUGGAUAAAAAACCUGUAACAAAGAGGUCUGGAAAGAGGAGAAAAUCUCAGUCCUCCAGUGAUAUGUCAAAUGGGGAUAAAAAUGUGACUGAGAACAUUGUGAAAGAAGAACCUUCUCUUGAUGCUCCUUCAUCAGAUUUGGUAUCAGAAAAAGUUAACAGUUCUGAAAGAAAAGGGAAGGCUUCUCAACAGAUUCAUUCUCCCACAGCUAAUCAUGACAUAAGGGCUGGCAAUAUUCACAAAGGACUUACUAAAACAGAGUUAGAGAAAAGCAAACAGCAGGCCCCAACUUCAUCUCCAUACAGGAGAAAAUCCUUGAAAAAGAAUCAGUCUGAUGCAGGUCCGCUUUCACCCACAGGGUUAAAGAGUUAUGGAAAAGAUUCUAACACCAGAAGACCAAAUGAUGGGGCAACAGAUGGUAAUCCAGCAUCAAAAUGCCCUUCAGCAGAAAAGUUGCCUUCUGGUGAAAGUACUGUAGAUGCUACUAAAGCUUCUUCCAUAAGCAUCAUAGGCAGUAGCACUUUGCCAGUUUCUGAAGGGAGUACAGAGUCUAAGGAAUCACAUCUUGUCAAGAGCUCGGAUGGCAAUGUUCAGCGGCCCACUGACAGUCAUGAAAAUGGUGAGAUGGGCACAACAAAUGGAAAGCAGGUUUCCUCUGAUUUGGACAGUGCAAAGCAGAGAAAUAAGGGGUUCGACAGUUCCAGAAUGGUCACCACGAAAGUUAAUCUUCCGGCUAAACCAAAGAAUAUUGAGUUAAACUUUAAGGCUUCUCAAAUAACACAAGAUAUAGAAAAUGAGCAAGAUUCCAUGGAUAAAACAGUUAAAAUUAACUUCAGUAUUGCCAAUAAAAUAUCUAUGUUUGAAAACAAACAUGCUAAUCAGAAUCAAUCUUCCGAAUUCUCCACAUCGAAAAAAGGUGCAAUAUCAAAUACAUUUGUUGGCAGAGCAAAGCUGAAGUUUGGGAAACAGCAUCCUGAAAGUGAACAGUCAAACAAAAUAACAACUAAGGCAAGCAACCGCCAGAAAGCAUUGCAGAAUGGUACAAAAGUGAAAGAAUCUUCUUCAGAUACAAAAAUCAAGUCAGAGGGAAGGAUUCAGUCAAGCAGUAUAAUCAAUGAGGAAGUUGGGAAACUAGCUGGUUCCCAGCUUAAUCAAAAUGGUAAAGUAGAAGAUAAUCAAGCAAAUGUUUUCACUCCUAAAAAAAUGGAAGCAGAUUUAGCCAAGGAUAAUCAUCUACCUAAAACUACACCCAUACAACUGAGUGAAGAAACGGAGACUUCCCAAAACAGUAACAGCGGAAUGAAUGCCAGAUCCAGAUCUCCUGAAAGUGGAGGAAAACAACGUGUGGGCAUAGACAUUUGUUCCCCACGUACAGAGGAUAAAGAUAAAAGUCUCAUUCAAUCUGACCCAGUGCCUGGAAUAUCAGAAUUAAAGUGUGAUAUGACCCCUCAGAUUGAAAACAAGGACAAAAGUAUGACAAAUGCAGUUUUGGAAGAUGGACAGGUAUUUGAACAAAAUAUUAGUGGACUGGAAGAUUUGAACAGUAGCUGUGAUGUUCUUAAAGCUGGUAACAGUGAUGUUAUUUGUGAUUCUCCUUCAGACAUGGCGAAGUUUACUGAAACACUGAAAAAUCUGGACAGUUCUAUUUGUAUACCUCAGAAAAAGAAAAAGCCCAAGCUUCCAAAAUCUCCUGCCCCUCACUUUGCUAUGCCUCCAAUUCAUGAAGAUCAUUUAGAGAAAAUAUUUGAUCCCAAUAUAUUUACAGUUGGAUUGGGAAUAAAGAGAGACAGAGCACAAGACCUAGCCCCAUCCCUUCAGCUUAAAUUGCAAAGCCUAGAAAUUGAAGCUAAAGUCAAACCCAAGCGUGCCUCUACUGAAAAUAGCCUUAUUUUCCAGUCACUGAAAUCAUCCAAUAGAGGAUAUCCUAUACUGACACAGGAAAAAAGUGGAGAAGAGAGCAAGGAUAGUACAGAUGGCAAUAUUAAGCGAUCUCGAAUCGAAAGUAGUCCCAUCUUCUUAAGCCUGCUGACACCCACAGCUAACGAAAAUGUUUUCAGGCCAUCUGCAACUUCAGUAAAUGCUAUUACAACCUCUUUUGCAUCUCAGGUGACUGCUGAUUCUUCAGGAACACCUCCUGUAAUAGUUGAUACUGCUCAGAAAUCAGAGGUAAUAGAACAAGCAUGA